AUGACGGCCGCGUUCUGCUGCAGCACCGCCCUCGCUAUUGACGUCCCGCUUAGUGCGACUUGGUCCGAAUCGGACCCGGCAAAUCUUGGUAGCGGGGUGCAGACCCUUUCGGGCGAGUCCGCAACGGGCUACACCACGACCAUUAGCGGCGUAGUCGGGGAAACCGGCGAGAUUCCGCAGGUGUACCAGAUUUUUGAUCCGUUGCGAUUGAAUCAGAUCGGCGACAAGGUCGAGUUCGCCUUCGACAUCCAGUUCUCCACCGCGACGGACAUCUCGAUCGAUACCGACUUCCGCGCUGGCAUCAGUUCCACCGCGAACAAUUCGGGCGCUGUGUAUGGGUUUGACGGCGGACCUCUCGGCGGCACUUCGGUCCGCCUCCGCUACGACACUAAUGGCGUCACCUUCAUCGGCGACCCGAUGGUGGACGCCGGUUAUCCUUUUGCCUUCGACGAGAAUAACAUCAAUCACUCCUUGAAUGCUGGUGGCACGCUCGCCAGCAGCGGAGGCUCGCCAGCGGGUUCGGCAGUAGGUGAAAACACCACCGAAACCCACUCCUUUUUGUUGUCGCUUGAGCGCGUAGCGGGAGGGCUUGUCGGUUCCGCUUCGUGGACCUCCGACGCCCCAGGCGCGGUGCCUGUUGUCAAUACGUACAGCAGCCCGUUUGACGACACCUCUCUGGCACUCGGUACGACGAAUGAGAUCGACAUGAUCCAGAUCGCGAUGCUGGAAGAGAACAUCAGCAACACCUACCCGGUCAGCUGGACGGUCUCCAACGUCCGGGUGUCGGGCACGCCGGUCCCUGAGCCGGGUUCGAUGUUGCUGGCCGUUGGAUCGAUGGUGAUCGCUUGGAGUGCAGAUGACGGCGGCGGCGCGGGCUCCGGGACGGGUGAUUUUUUUGACGCUAGUAACUGGGCGACGGGCGUCAUUCCUGUUGGCAACAACAAGGCGCCAAAGAUAGAUGGUGGUGGCACGGCUAUUAUCACCGCCGCCGGCACGGGGGCGGGCAUCGACACAGAAGCCCUUAUCGCCGGUGAUGCUGCGGGGAGCUCGGGCGCCUACCAGAUGGAUAGCGGCUACAUGGUGAUCUACGACGCGGCCGGUUCGGUGCUGGGGAACAACGCCGGCGCAAGUGGCGCGCUCGUCAUGAAUGGGGGAGCAAUCGAUUUCGGAGACGUCCCGGGCAAUGGAGCGGCCGGGGGGGCGUCCACACUCGUGAUCUCCAAUGCCCCCGGGACAUCAGGCAGGCUGGAACUGCACAACGACGCCGUGCUUCGUAGCCUCGAGGGUUGGGACAUUGCCGCCGGUGGCGGGGAUACUGCCCACGGGACGCCGAACCUGCCUACGGGCGUCAUCGUCAUGGACGGCGCCUCACGGGCAAGUCUCGCGGGCGGCGUUAAUAACAAAGGCGCGAUGAGCAUGCACCUCUCCGACACUGCUCAGCUGACGCUCGGCAACAGCCUAGGACCGGCGGACCUAAAUGGUUCCUACGAGCUUGGCAACGGUAUUCUCAAUAUCGGCGGUCGCCAUGGGAACACGGCAGACAUCGUCAUUGAGGACAACGCCAUCCUCAACCUGUCGAUUCUCUACAAUCAAAAAAAUUAUCUGGGUCGAGAGAACUUCAACAACGACGAUCCUGACCAGAUGACCAGCACCAUCAUCACCCUCGAGGGAUCGGGCAAGUUUCGGGUCGACAGCAACCCCAACUCGUUCGGUGACCCCAGCCAGGACCCGUUCCCCGACGGCCACCCCGACCUUGUAUCGACGGCAGGGCUGAUCCUAUCGUCCGGAGACGAUGAACCGCUGCACAGCGGCGACGAUUCCAACAACCACUACCGUGGAGGUCUGACGGUUAUCGACGUUAAGGACAACGCCGAGUUCUCGGUGGUGCAAGGGCUCUGGAUGACGGCGGGCACGGGAGCAUCCGCUUCUUCCACCCUGAAGGUCACAGGUCCUAAUGCGACGGUCUCACUUGGCGACCUGAUCAUGGCGGAAAUUAUUGAUCAGACGCUCAAUGGUGACACCGUGACGUUUGGAGACCCCUUGUACAGAACACGCAGCGGCAAGGCCGAGCUGCACAGUGUCAUCACGGGAUCGAGCCACUCCAUCAUCCAGGUGACCGAUGACGCUCGCAUCGGGAACGGUGAGCUGGUGGUUGAGUUGAGUGGUUACAGCCCCGUGGCCGGCGACAGCUACACGCUGUUGCAAACGAGUAACAACGCCGGGAUUGCUGGGGAGUUUAAGUCGGUCGAUCUCUCUCUGGCGCCGUUGGGUAGCGGCUUGUCCUGGGACUUGAUCUACAACGCUGACAGCGUGGUGUUAAGUGUCCUGGGCGACACGACCCCACUCGCCGGCGAUUACAACGGCGACGGGUCGGUCGAUGCCGCCGACUACACGGUGUGGCGGGAUACCAUGGGUUCGACCACCAUGCUGGAGGCUGAUGGCGACGGGAGCGGCACGGUCGACCUCGCCGACUAUGAUUUCUGGAGGACGAACUACGGAGCGACUGCCGGAUUUACGUCGACCCACACGGGGUCUGUCUCGGACCUGGGCGAUCGCCCUCGCGUGUACCAGGAGUUCACCGGGGUGGACACCUCUCAAGUGGGGCAGAAGCUGAGCGUCAGUUUCGACGUGCAGUUCCACGACCUGCUCACCGUGGGCGACACCCAGUUCCGCUUUGGCUUCGGCGACCGGACGACCAAUCAGGGGUUGGUGCCGAUCAUGAUCGAUAUUGGCCCCACCGCCGGCAGCUCGUUUCGGAUGCGUUACGACAACAGCAUCAGUGAUCUGCCCGACGCUCAGGGCACCGUGUUUGAACCCGGGAACUACAGCGGUUUCUUGAGCGCCAGCGGCACCUUCGGUGACGGCGGCAGCAACCCCACUGGGGAGGCCAAUGGCAGUCUGGGGGUGGACACCAACGUUACCCACACGUUCACCACCACCGUUGAGCGUGUUGAGCGGAACGUCGACUUUUCUUUUCCGCCCGACGGCAUUGCCGACCAGGUCGUGAACGGCUGGUACACCACCGUCACCUGGACCAACGAUGUGACCGAUGCAGAAGUGCUGUUUGUGGACACCAACAACGCCGCCUUUGCCGAGUUCGACGUCGAGACCGGCCUCGGGGUUUACGACGAGGACUUGAACAACGCCAGGGGACGCAUCGAGAAUAUCGACACCCUCGGCUUCAUGAUGUUCAACAACCAACCGUUUCUUGAUGGCGUCGGCAGUUUCACCGUCUCAAACUUCCUUGUGGAGUACGACGACGGCCUGUCAGUCGAGGGCGACUACAACGGCGAUGGCAACGUUGAUGCGGCCGACUACACCGUGUGGCGGGACACGCUCAACUCGACGACCGAUCUGGCCGCUGACGGCAACGGCAACAUGGUCAUCGAUCAGGCCGACUACGACGUGUGGAGAGCCAACUACGGCGGCGCUGGCGAGUUUGCGCCGCGAACGCUUGUUGGACUCUCGGUGGUGCUUACCGCAUUCGUCGUGGGCUGUGGGUCGUCGGGCGUCCCGUUCGGUGUCGUUCCGGUCGAGGGCAAGGUGACCUAUGAGGAUGGAACCCCGAUCCCGGGCGUAUCCGUGCAGUUUGUUCCCCAGACGCCGUCCCUAGACGCGAAGACGGUGCCGCGGCCCGGAGUCGCUGGGAUCGCCGACGAUGGGACGAUCGAACAAGUCACCACUUAUGACUAUGCCGACGGCCUCGUCCCCGGGAAGCACAAGGUGAUCGUCAAGUCCAAGACCGGCAAUGGGCAACGGACCCAAGCGGUCGACGCCAAGUACAGCAGCGCCGACACAACCCCGUUAAUCGUCGACACUGCUGAACUUCCGUUCGACAUAAAAGUAGCAAAGCAAGAUUCACGGAGGGGCUUCACGCUUGUGGAGCUAUUGGUAGUCAUCGCCAUCAUCGGCGUCCUGGUCGCGUUGCUGCUCCCGGCGGUUCAGGCGGCAAGGGCUGCCGCACGCCGCACGCAGUGCCAGAACAACUUGAAGCAGGUUGGUCUCGCGUUGAUGAAUUACCAUUCGACCAACGGGAUCUUCCCUCCCAGCUCGCAGUGGCCCACAAACGCGAAUGGUGAACCCCAGGGGCUCUCCAGCAAGACGUUCGCCGGCCAUCAGGCGAACUGGGUGAUCCUUACGCUGCCCUACAUGGAAGAGCAGACUACCCUCGACGCGUUUAAUCUCGACUUCCCGAUCCCUGAUCCCGUGAACGAGAUUGCACGCAGCACUCAGAUACCGGGUCUGCUCUGCCCCGAGGAUCAGAACAACGUACAGCUCUUUCAGGGGAACACGAAGGCCUCCACGAACCACUUCGGCCCCAAUUGGGCGCGGGGGAACUACGGGGCGAAUGCGGCUCUGGGGGCUUUGUCGACGAAUGGUCACGGGGAGUAUAGUGCGGGGGGCAAGAAGUCGCCGGGCUGGAAGGACGACCGCCUCCGUGGCGUAAUGGGCGCCAACUCAGCCGUUAAAAUCGCGCAGAUCACCGAUGGCACCAGCAAGACGAUCCUGGCGAGUGAAAUCCGCGCCGGCUUGUUCCCGUUCGAUGUCCGUGGCGUGUGGGCACUGGGCGGCAGUCCCAGCGCGCUGUGGCGCCACGGUUACUACGGUGACGCGGCGGGCCCGAACUCACCGGGCGACGAGGCCGACGACAUGAUCGGCUGCUCGGACGUCACUCGCGAAUUCGGGUCCAAGGUUGGUUUGGCUAGAGAGAAAAUGGGCUGCAUCGAGCGGUCUGGGAACAUCCAGCAAACCGCCCGUAGCCUGCACAAUGGGGGGGUGUUUGCUACGUUCGCGGAUGGCAGUGUGCACUUUAUCAGUGACAACGUUGAGAUCCGCGUUGAUGGAAUCACGGAGAACCCGCCGUACGUCUCUGCCUGGGACCGGCUAAACCUCUCAGCGGACGGUGAAGUCUUGGACUCAGACUCCUUCUAG